UUUUUUUUUUUUCUGUUGUAGUAGUAUUCGAGAGACUAUUUUGUGAUGAGUUUUUGGAAUUUUGCUUUCAGAGAUUUAAUGUAGGAGUUUGGACAUCAAGAACAAGCUGCAGUAUGGAACAUGCUCUUGACAUUCUUAUGAGAGACACUAAAUACAAACUGCUUUUCCGUUGGGAUCGAGCACAUUGUACCGAGAUGGGUUUUAAUGAUGGGAACGAGGACCAUAUCUUCUUUGUAAAGGAACUCAGAAAGUUAUGGGAAAAGAAAGAUCCAAGUCUUCCUUGGGAAGUAGGAGAGUAUGAUGAAUCAAAUACACUUUUAGUGGAAAAUUAUCCACACAGGGCUCUGCUUAAUCCCCCACAUACAACAAUCUUUCCUUACCCUUACGACUGGAAUACAGAAGAUAAUGCUUUAGGUCCAGAAGGUGACCUUCGUAUCUAUCUCGAAAGGUUAGCAGCAUCACAGAACGUGCAAAAAUUUGUAUCAGAAAAUCCGUUUGACCAACACCUUGUCCAUGCUAGUGAAAACCAUCCAGAGAUAUCAACGGAAGUUUAUCUAAAGUUUUUUCACAAAUACUCAUAUAAACGUAAAGCUGGUGAUUCAAUGGAUGCCCAACGUAAAAACUCCUUAGAACCAAAAGUCAAUAGUUCUUCUCCUUUGGCUGCUCAGACUUCAUUGGAACCGGAAACCAGCACUGUUACUGCUUUGGUUGGUCAACCCUUAUCAGAACCAGAUCUCAGCAAUACUGGUCUCGGUGCUCAGACUUCAACAGAACCACAAACCAAUGCUGGAACCACCACUGACUACCAACAAGAUUGGCCUUUUAUCAAGCAGUCUCUAAUUUGGGCUACCAUUGACUCUCUUGUGUCAUGUCUAACGCCACCUCAAAAGCCACACUUUUCCCCAUUGAAGAAUACGAAAGAGCUUCAUCGUGAGGGUUUAGCCAUUGCUCAUAUGUUGACUUGUUAUAAUCUGGUUCGGAGCCUUCCAAACAUAAAACUGAAUGAUCCAGUUGACAUAAUCAACGACAAUUUGGAAGUUUUAGUUGACUUGGAGGCUCAUGGGUUUGAUGUGGAUUUAAUUAGAUGUCGUUUAAACGAGUUGCUUUCUUUGAAAUCCAAAGCAGGCCAGCAUGAGGACACUCUUAAAGAGCUUGAAAAGCGCAGUUAUGAAAAGCUUGUAAUUGAGAAAGAGACGGACCAAUUAAAAGUGGAGAUGGAGAAGAUGCAAGAAAAGAUGAUGCAGGCUGAGACCAUGCAGAAAGUUAAAGAGGAAGAAAUUGCGAGGUUGCAAUCAAACUUACAUCCUGAUUUCACCCAAAUCAAUGAUUGGGAGCUUGCUUUCGGAAAACUCGCAGCGACCCCAUUGUAAGUGAUAGGGUUAAAACCUUGGGAAGAAAGAAAACUAAGAGAUAGAGAGAUAUUUGACUCAAAUUAUGCUUGAUUUCAUUCCAUAGGUAACAUCCAAAUAAAUAGAUAAGGAACUUACAUAAGACACCCCCAAACUAAACCAAAAUAACAUCCUAAUCCCUUGACUUAACAAUAGUAAUAAAACUAAAAUA